GGAGCGAGAGAGUUGUCACAAUAAUAAUGGGCGUCGCAUCGUUAGCCCAUAUCGCUACCAUCUUGAGCGCCACGCUUGUGUCGUCUGCACAAGCGGCUCCAUGGUCACCACCGGCUCUGAAGACCCGCCAAGGCGGUGUCGGCGUGUUGGAUAUCUCGAUACCGCCGAACCGCAAAGAUGACCGGUUCUACACAGUCGACAUAGACUUCGAAGGCCAGAGCCUGCCGGCGCUUUUGGAUACCGGCUCUGCGGAUCUGUUCGUGGCCUCGACAGAAUGUCCUACUGAUGAUGAGACGAGUGGGUGCUUUGGACUGACAGAGCAGUUUGUAAUUGAUAACAACACGCACCUGGUCCCCAACGAGACCUUCUAUACAAUUGUUGGAGAGGGUGGUGUCAGUGGAAACCAGAGUCUCUUGGACAUUGGUCUUGGCGGUAUAGUCGGGGCCGAUAUUGCAACAGGUCUCAUCAACUACGCGGUGCAGAACCAGUUCCAGGGUGCAAGCUUCUCGGGCCUCAUUGGCUUGAGCAUGAUCGCCGUCUCGCGGCAGAAAUAUUUCAACGACCGUCUUCCGCUGUUCGAUGCCCUCGUUUCCAGCGGUGUCGUCGAGAAGCCUGUCUUCUCCGCCAGCUUCCCGCGCCUGGGCGACCCUGACUCGGAACCGGUGGGCAAGUUGACCCUGGGUGGCAUCGAGCCGGCGUACGCGGACCUCAACAUCACUUACAGUGAUAUCAUCAACAGCACCAACUACAACUACGAAGACCUGCCGCUGCAGGCACAAGGCUGGGCGAUCGAAUUGCAGGGGAUCCGCGUGAACGGUGUGACUGUCAACCUAACCAGAGGUCAACUCGACGAAGCCGGGCGUUACAUGUCGCUCAUGGACACCGGAGGCUCGGAUAUCCUCGUGCGAUAUGAUGAGCUCGUCGCCAUCGCCGGGCUGUUCAAGGGGCCGGUCAUCUUCCAGAACAUGCACGAUCUCUACUACGACUGCUCGAUCCCGCAGCUGCUCGAGCUCAAGUACAACGACCAGUGGUUCCCUAUUGACCCCUUGGACAUCAUCAACCCGAGCGACCACGGGAUGGUAAAUGGCACAGAGAUGUGCAAGGCCCAGAUCAGCUCUUGGAGCCGUGUGUUUGCCGAUUCUAUCAUUGGCGUGCCCUUCUUCCGUUCAGCCUUCAGUGUCUUCGAUUAUGUUACACCAGACUUCUAUAGUGUACAGCCACGUGUUGGGCUCGCGCCUCUGGUGGAUGGGCCAGCUGCUAUUGCGAGGUAUCCCCAGGUUUAUAAGAACCGCCUUUUAUAA